GCAGCAGCUUAAAGACCUCAUCCCUUUCUUCAAGUGCAUGGAUAGAGACUUGAUGUCAGCUGUGCACAGUUUGUUCCCCUCACUGAAUGGCCCCGCCUCCCGUCUCACGCCGUCGCUCUUUCUCGUUUACCUCCACAUCUUUGAGACCGCAACGGCACCAAAUCUGACGGUCAGUCAGCCAGCACAGCUCUGUUGCUCUGAUGCAACAUGGGAGCCAAUUAAAGACGCCGUGCCGCUGAAACGUAUUGAGCUGGUGAAGUUCGCACUCAGGGCUCAGAGAUGCUGCUCGGCUGUCGUUAUCGAUUCUCGGUGUUGGACCCGUUUUCUCACAAUCGUCAACUCGCCUUGUGGUUCCCUCACCGCUCUGCCAGCACCGCACCCACAGUUUCUACACGAAGCAAAGGCUGUUGUGAAUUCAAUACUGCAGAACCAUGACAGGUUGAACAUACAUCUCCCACGAUUUUUUCAGGACGUGUACCCAGACCAGGCCUUGUUGUUGCUGGUGACAGGAGCUUUAGGACUGAGAAUCCUUAGUGGUCCUCUGUGUCCAGCUCUCCCUGUGCUCAACACUUAUAAGGGGAAUGUGUGGGCUCUCGAGUGGCUGUGGGCCACUUUGUCUUCCAACGCAGAACGCCUCAAUGGCUUCAUGCAGGAGCUCUCAUCGGAGAUGGAAAACACAGCAGACGGGGAUAAAUUACCUGUUCUUCACACCAUUGUACCCACUGUGUUUUCUUCAACGGAGAACUGGGACCACACCUACAACAGUCCAGCUACUGUGAAACGCCACUUCUCCCAAGUGGAAGCCUCAUCUCAGAGUCAGCUGUACACUUGGCCUGAUCAUACGAUGUCAAACACUAGUCGCUGCACUGUCGCUCCGUUUAUGCAGGGUCAGCUUCAUCAGGCGACAGAUUAAACCUCCACGCCAGGUGUCAUCAGUACAGUGCAGAGACUCCAAACACGUUCAGUUACUCAUGUAAGAACACGACAGACACUUUUAGUUGGUUUCUCACACCUUUUUUUUUGUCGUCCAGUGUGCUGGUACUGUGUACAACAUUCUGCACUGAGAUCUUUGACUGAAGGCUGUUUUGUUGAGUCACUUUUAUAAAACUGUUCAUAAGAGGCAGUUAUAUUAACACUGGUAAAUAAAUGUCUAAAGUUCUA